AUGGCCAUAAGCUCAGAUGGGAUGGAGAGGGGCUGGUUCUCGGCGUGCGUGUGGUCGCUCGUGACGGUGGUGCGGAAUGUCGUCCACGGCCACCAGUUCAUGUCGGGCGUCCAGUUUGGCGGCAGCGGCUGCUGUCCUCCCGAGCUGCCGCCUAGGGUCAUGCCGUUGAAAGACGGGGAAGGGUCCGAGCCAAAGCUGCUACCGCCGUGCUCCGGAUCAUCCCACGCCACGUUCAUGUCCAGGUCCUCGCAGAUGCCGUAG